AUUCUGUUCUUUGUUCUACACGAAAUCACAACAAAAGAAUAAAAAGAAUUGGCAACUCUGUCUACUACAAAUAUAGCGCUUCUUAACAAAGCUUGAGGUUGUCAUGGUAACUGUCAACUAGACGAGGUUUUUAGUGUUUAUUUUUUGCUCACGUAAAAAAAGAAGUUGGAAAGAAGGCGUAAGAUGAUUAAGCACACAAUUUUCCCACUUCCUAAAUUAAGUUAAAAAAGAGCAAUAAAAAAUUCACAAGCUUAUAACAAAUUACAGCGUAAAUAAAAUAACAUAACACGAAAUGAGUUUAGUACGACUUUUGCGGCCGUGUUGUGUAAAUGUGCCAAAAGACCGGGAGACGUCCGUUAAUUCUCUUUAUCGAUUUUAACAAAUUAAAUUUUUAGUAAAAUUAAUAAUUUUUUUCAAAGUGCUAUUUUUUGUAUAUUGAAAGCAAUGGAAUACUUACAGCAAUUUUAUGAGAAAAUAUUUGGCGAUAGCAACGGCGAUUCGGGUUGGGGUGCCGGCACGCCGCGGAAAGUUGUGGCUUUUGGAAAUGUUUUAUUAGAUCGCACAGUGCAAAUCGCAGAUUUAGAUAUUCUCGAUCGUUUUCAACUAUCAAUGAACGCGAAAGGCGAACUGAGUGUGGAGACUUUGAAUUCACUAACAGCUGAGAUUUGCGAGAGUUCAAAUUGUAUUACAAAUCCUGGAGGUUCUUCCUUAAACACAGUACGCAUUUUGAAAAAAUUGGGCACAGAAGCACUCUUUUUUGGUGCCGUUGGCGAUGAUAAAUACGCAGAGGAGUUAAGGGACAGACUGCAAGAUUAUGAAAUUGAUGCCAGAAUUGAAACGAUCACAGAAACACCCACAGGCCAAUGCGUGUGUUUAGUAUACGAAGAUAAGACAGCGCUUUAUGCGAACAUAGGCGCUUCAGCAGGAUUCUCCAUAGAUCUACUAAAGCGUGCUGAGAAGGAUGAGAAUAAAAAAUUCCUACGCUCCAUCGAACGCAAGCAAAUUUUGUACAUAGAAGGUUUCUUUAUACCGAAGCGUGAGGAUGUCUGCGAGUACAUAGUCCGCAAUUAUAUACGUGAAAGAAGACGUUUGGCCAUUAAUCUCAGCGCCCCUUAUAUUGUGCAGCGUAAUUACGAGCAAUUAUUGUACUUAGCACGCAAUGCAUACUUUAUAUUCGGUAACGUAAAGGAAUUCGAAGCAUUUACGGAGAAGAUGGGUUGUAGUAGUCUAGAGAAAAUGGCUGAAGAACUUAUACAGAGUGGUUUAGUUAAGAUAAUUGUGAUUACCAAAGGAGAUCAAGGUGUUCAAGUUAUAUCGAAUUAUAUUGAAGAGCUUGGUGAACCUGGUCCAAUUGUAUUCAACAGCUACAAUGCGCCACGUGUAGAGAAUGUUCUUGAUACAACUGGCGCUGGAGAUGCUUUUGUUGCUGGCUUCUUACAUGCCUGGCUUGAGAAACGUUCACUAAGUGAAUGUAUACGUGUGGCUACAGAUGUCGCUGCGCAAGUCGUAACACAGAUUGGGUGCAAUUUACCUGAAUAGUUCCUUAAUAGAAUUUCAUUAGAGAACUUCUACCUCAAAGUAGUUUAAGUAGCGAGUGAGUGAAUCACUUUGGUUGUUUAACCUUUAGCAAUACAUUUUGAAUCUCAAAUGAUAUUAACUUAUUUAUUUAUUUAUUUAUUCUCACACUAUUUCGCACAAAAUAUUUACUUAAUUUAACUUUAUCUCACUCAUAAUUAUGUUGAUAAGCUAAUUAUUCAUAAGUACAAAUGAAACAUUGUAUACGAUUUAUCUGCCAUGUAUCUUGAGUAAUGAAUGACACAGUUGCUAUUUUUAUUAAAAUAAAUUUUUUUUAUAAUUUUAUUUAUUUGUUAUAUUUUUAACUAAAAACCAUAUUUAAAUUUUUUGUAAAUUUCUAAAGCGUUAUUUUUUAUCUAUUUAUUUAACAGCUAAAGUUGCUAUUGCUUUAAUACCCGCCUGACAUGUGGGUGAAAUUAUCUUGAAUUGUAGGUUUUGUUUAAAAAUAAUUAAAUAGAAAAAUACACGUAAUAAUAGCAAAUAAUUAUUAAAUUUGUUUGUAAC